CGGUGCAGGGAGCUGGGCGGAUCGGGCCCCCGGCCCACUUUGCACGCUCCCCAGGCACGGCGGGCGUGAUGAUCUCUCUGAGCCGCAUCCUCACGAAGCUACUGCUGCCCGACGAGUGCGCCAGCACGCUCAUCUUCUUCCUGGUGUCGGUGGCGCUGGAGCUGCUGUGCUUCCUGCUGCACCUGUUAGUGCGGCGCAGCCGCUUCGUGCUCUUCUAUACCACACGGCCGCGCGACAGCCGCUGGGGCAGGCCAGGCCCGGGCAGGGGCUCUGGCUACCGCGUGCACCACGACGUUGUCGCCGGGGACGUCCACUUCGAGCACCCAGCCCCGGCCCUGGCCCCCGACGGGUCCCCAAAGGACAGCCCAGCCCACGAGGUGACCAGCAGCAGCGGGGCCUACAUGCGCUUUCAUGUGCCAUGGCCAAGGGUCCAGCGCAGCUGGCCCACCUUCAGAGCCCUGUUUCUGCAUCACUACGUGGUGGCGUGGGUGAUCUGGGCCGACAUGCUCCCCAUCGCCGUGACCUACUUCAUGACGCUGUGCCUGUUCCCCGGCCUCGAGUCUGAGAUCCGCCACUGCAUCCUGGGCGAGUGGCUGCCCAUCCUCAUCAUGGCUGUGUUCAACCUGUCAGACUUCGUGGGUAAGAUCCUGGCAGCCCUGCCCGUGGACUGGCAGGGCACCCACCUGCUGGCCUGCUCCUGCCUGCGUGUGGUCUUCAUCCCCCUCUUCAUCCUGUGCGUCUACCCCAGCGGCAUGCCCGCCCUCCGCCACCCCGCCUGGCCCUGCAUUUUCUCACUGCUCAUGGUCAUCAGCAACGGCUACUUUGGCAGCGUGCCCAUGAUCCUGGCGGCAGGCAAAGUGAGCCCCAAGCAGCGGGAGCUGGCAGGGAACACCAUGACCGUGUCCUACAUGUCAGGGCUGACACUGGGGUCCGCCGUGGCCUACUGCACCUACAGCCUCACCCGCGAUGCCCAUGGCAGCUGCCUGCACGCCUCCACCGCCAAUGGCUCCAUCCUCGCAGGCCUCUGAGCCAGCCCCGCCCACUGCCAGGGACGCCGAGGGCCUGACCAGGGGCCCCGAGGCCUGAGGGCCCCUCCCCUGCCCUCACCUCAGUGCCU